CCUAAACUAUCCGCGGUCAGAGACCGGUUUUUGGGCGAAGCUGCCAUGCCUUCCGGGGGCCGCGGGCGGUCCCGGCUGCGGAUCGGGGAACGUGGCCUCUUGGAGCCACCCUCACCGCCCAAGCGCCGCCUGCUCCCGCGGGCGCAUUUCUUGCCCCUGCUUCUGCUGUCCCUGGCCGUGGCCUCGGCGUUCUACACCAUCUGGAGCGGCUGGCUCCGCCAGACUGAGGAGCUGCCGCGGGGCCGGGAGCUGCGGGGCCGGUUGAUCGGAAGCCUCCCCGAAGCUCGGCUGCGGAGGGUGGUGGGGCAGCUGGACCCAGACCGUCUCUGGAACACUUACCUGCGCCCCCUGCUGGUUGUGCGGACCCCGGGCAGCCCCGGCAAUCUCCAAGUCAGAAAGUUCCUGGAGGCUACUCUGCGGACCCUGACUGCAGGCUGGCAUGUGGAACUGGACCCUUUCACGGCCUCGACACCCCUGGGGCCACUGGACUUUGGCAACGUGGUGGCCACGCUGGACCCAGGGGCUGCCCGUCACCUCACCCUUGCCUGCCAUUAUGACUCCAAGCUCUUCCCAUCUGGGUCGACUCCCUUUGUGGGGGCCACGGAUUCGGCUGUGCCUUGCGCCCUGCUGCUGGAGCUGGCCCAGGCCCUCGACAGGGAGCUGAGUAGAGCCAAGGAGCAGGAGGCCCCGGUGACUCUGCAGCUGCUCUUCUUGGACGGUGAAGAGGCCCUGAAGGAGUGGGGGCCCCAGGACUCCCUCUAUGGCUCCCGGCACCUGGCCCAGCUCAUGGAGUCUGCCCCCCACAGCCCAGGCCCCACCAGGAUCCAGGCUAUCGAGCUCUUCAUGCUUCUCGAUCUCCUGGGCGCCCCUAAUCCGAACUUCUACAGUCAUUUCCCUCACACAGCCCGCUGGUUCCAUCGGCUGCGGAGCAUCGAGAAGCGACUGCACCGCCUGAACCUGCUACAGUCUCAUCCCCAGGAAGUGAUGUAUUUCCAGCCGGGGGAGCCCCCUGGCUCCGUAGAAGAUGACCACAUCCCCUUCCUCCGUCGAGGGGUCCCAGUGCUCCACCUCAUCUCCAUGCCCUUCCCCGACGUGUGGCACACACCCCACGACUCUGAGGCCAACCUGCACCCCCCCACAGUGCACAACCUCAGCCGCAUCCUCGCCGUGUUCCUGGCUGAGUAUCUGGGGCUCUAGCCUCCGCGGCUGACGCUGGAGGAGAGGAGCCCAGCCAGGACGUGCCAAGGACACAUGGAACCAAUGGACCUCAGGCCAGGCUACCCCGGGGUAUGCUGGCUUAUCCUUUUCUUUGGUAUGGGUUCUACUUGCGCUAUGAUUGGAAGACCCUCUUUCCUGUCUCAAGCCACCAUUCUUUAAAGACAUGGAGGAGUCAAGACCACUGUGGGGGUGGCAGCCAAAGGAAUAAGGGCUUAGACCCUGUCCUGGAGGAAGCAGUCGGUUAGAAGGUUA